AUGUCAAUGUGUCUAUCUUUGCUUUUUUCCGGCCCCUUUCUGGCAUCUGGCGUCGUCUUGUGGCUUAAAGCAGCCACAGAUGAUGCUAUGAUGAUUCCAGACCAGGAGGUGAUGAUACGAUUGUUUUCUUGUUUGCAAAUGUACAUCGGUUGCACAAAGCAGAAAGCAAAUGAUAGCGAAGUGCAUCGCUCCAUCAGCCUCUCGAACCACUGUCAGCAACUUCAUCUUCUGAUUUACCCGUUUGGUAAAGAGCAUAGGCCGGGCAAUGCAAAACGAGUCGAGUUGAAUAAGCAAGCGAGUGGUACAGCACAAGUACCCCCGUAUGUAAACGGGGCUAUUGAUACCGACAAAAACCCUGUUGGAACCCGGGCAAUACCACUAAGCCUAAACCCCCGCGGAAUACCCGGUCACUUGGCUCCAAAUCCCACCAAUAUUCCGAUCUUGAUAUGCAGGGAGACACCGACGCCAUUGUACCACACAAUAUGGUGA